AUUAAUCAUUGAUUGUAACGUAGCAAUUGGCAGCCGAACGUUUGUUUUUGUAUGGUGCGAACUAAAACAAAAAUUAUCACCGUUCAUAAAUAUCAUGCUCAGCCAUACUAUAACAUAACGUAAUAUAGACAACACAAGUAAGACAAGAUCAGGUAUGGGUGAUACGCUAUAUUCACACAGGGAAGAUCAAAACAAUCAACGAUUUGACCAAUUGGCAAAUACGCUUCAUCAAUUUAGAAACACUGUUAAUAACGACAUCCAUGGAGCCAUACAACAAGAGAACUCUAUCUUAGAUUCAUUAAAUGAUAACUUUGGGCAGCUAAUGCAACAGGUUAAGAGAACUAGUGGCGAUUUGAGAACUGUCAUGAACAGAAACGCCAGUUUGACUAGAAUUGUUGGCUUGAUCUUAUUGGGUUUCUUUAUUAUAUGGAUGCUCUACAAAUUGCGGUGAAAUCGAGCACCACCGCAU